AUGGACACUUCUGGGCACUUCCAUGACUCGGGGGUGGGGGACUUGGAUGAAGACCCCAAGUGCCCCUGUCCAUCCUCCGGGGAUGAGCAGCAGCAGCAGCAGCAGCAGCAGCAGCCGCCACCAGCGCCGGCACCACCAGCAGCCCCCCAGCAGCCCCCGGGACCCCUGUUGCAGCCUCAGCCUCAGCCUCAGCCUCUGCAGCAGCAGCAGCAGCAGCAGCAGCAGCAGCAGCAGCAGCAGCAGCCACCGCAUCCCUUGUCUCAGCUCGCCCAACUCCAGAGCCAGCCCGUGCACCCCGGCCUGCUCCACUCCUCUCCCACCGCCUUCAGGGCCCCCCCUUUGUCCAACUCCACCGCCAUCCUCCACCCUUCCUCCAGGCAAGGCAGCCAGCUCAAUCUCAGUGACCACUUGCUUGGCCACUCUCCAAGUUCCACAGCCACAAGUGGGCCCGGUGGAGGCAGCCGGCACCGGCAGGCCAGCCCCCUGGUGCACCGGCGGGACAGCAACCCCUUCACGGAGAUCGCCAUGAGCUCCUGCAAGUACAGUGGUGGGGUCAUGAAGCCCCUCAGCCGCCUCAGCGCCUCCCGGAGGAACCUCAUCGAGGCUGAGCCCGAGGGCCAGCCCCUCCAGCUCUUCAGCCCUAGCAACCCCCCGGAGAUCAUCAUCUCCUCCCGGGAGGACAACCAUGCCCACCAGACCCUGCUCCAUCACCCCAAUGCCACCCAUAACCACCAGCACGCCGGCACCACCCCCAGCGGCACCACCUUCCCCAAAGCCAACAAGCGGAAAAACCAAAACAUUGGCUAUAAGCUGGGACACAGGAGGGCCCUGUUUGAAAAGAGAAAGCGGCUGAGUGACUAUGCUCUGAUUUUUGGGAUGUUUGGAAUUGUUGUUAUGGUGAUAGAGACCGAGCUCUCUUGGGGUUUGUACUCAAAGGAUUCCAUGUUUUCGUUGGCCCUGAAAUGCCUUAUCAGUCUGUCCACCAUCAUCCUCUUGGGUUUGAUCAUCGCCUAUCACACACGUGAAGUCCAGCUCUUCGUGAUCGACAACGGUGCGGAUGACUGGCGGAUAGCCAUGACCUACGAGCGCAUCCUCUACAUCAGCCUGGAGAUGCUGGUGUGCGCCAUCCACCCCAUCCCCGGCGAGUACAAGUUCUUCUGGACGGCUCGCCUGGCCUUCUCCUACACGCCGUCGCGGGCGGAGGCCGACGUGGACAUCAUCCUGUCCAUCCCCAUGUUCCUGCGCCUCUACCUGAUCGCGCGCGUCAUGCUGCUGCACAGCAAGCUCUUCACCGACGCCUCGUCGCGCAGCAUCGGGGCGCUCAACAAGAUCAACUUCAACACGCGCUUCGUCAUGAAGACGCUCAUGACCAUCUGCCCCGGCACCGUGCUGUUGGUGUUCAGCAUCUCGCUGUGGAUCAUCGCCGCCUGGACCGUGCGCGUCUGUGAAAGCUAUGAAUCACCAGGCCUGCUCUCUCACUCAUCACUUCCUGCUUGGUACCAUGACCAGCAGGACGUAACUAGUAACUUCCUGGGUGCCAUGUGGCUCAUCUCCAUCACAUUCCUUUCCAUUGGUUAUGGGGACAUGGUACCCCACACAUACUGUGGGAAAGGCGUGUGCCUCCUCACCGGCAUCAUGGGUGCGGGCUGCACCGCCCUGGUGGUGGCCGUGGUGGCCCGGAAGCUGGAGCUCACCAAAGCAGAGAAGCACGUGCACAACUUCAUGAUGGACACUCAGCUCACCAAACGGAUCAAGAAUGCGGCGGCCAAUGUCCUCCGGGAAACGUGGCUCAUCUACAAACACACGAAGCUGCUAAAGAAGAUUGACCACGCCAAAGUCCGGAAGCACCAGAGGAAGUUCCUCCAGGCUAUCCACCAACUGCGGAGUGUCAAGAUGGAGCAGAGGAAGCUGAGCGACCAAGCCAACACCCUGGUGGACCUUUCCAAGAUGCAGAACGUCAUGUAUGACCUAAUCACAGAGCUCAACGAUCGGAGCGAGGACCUGGAGAAGCAGAUCGGGAGCCUGGAGUCCAAGCUGGAGCACCUCGCCGCCAGCUUCAACUCCCUGCCCGUGCUCAUCGCGGACACGCUGCGCCAGCAGCAGCAGCAGCUGCUCUCGGCCAUCAUGGAGGCCCGGGGCGUCAGCGUGGCCGUGGGCACCACCCACACCCCACUCUCCGACAGCCCGAUCGGGGUCAGCUCCACCUCCUUCCCGACCCCGUACACGAGUUCAAGCAGUUGCUAAAUAAACCUCCCCACUCCAGAAGCAUUA